AGUUCGUUCAUGCAUUAUUUCACCACUGGGCUAGCUUCCUUUCUCGUUGUUGCUCUUAGGUCCUCUUUUUAGAUCAGCCAUCAUGCCGCCUAAAAAGGACACAAAGAGUUCCUCUAAGCAACCACAGAAGACCCAGAAAAAGAAGGAGGGUGGAUCUGGCGGAAAAGCUAAGAAAAAGAAGUGGUCAAAAGGAAAAGUACGUGACAAGUUAAAUAAUCAAGUACUUUUCGACAAGGCCACAUAUGAAAAACUGCUGAAGGAGGUGCCGCAAUAUAAACUGAUCACACCUUCUAUAGUCAGCGAAAGAUUGAAGAUCAGAGGGUCACUUGCAAGAAGGGCCCUAAUUGAACUUCAACAGAAGGGUUUAAUUAAACAAGUUGUGCAACAUCAUGCACAACUUAUUUAUACACGUACCACUAAGGGAGACGACCCAGCGGUAUAAUGUGUAUAAUAUGUUUUAAUAAACAAAUUUAAAAACA